AUGAAGUUCAAUCUGGCAAAACCCGUCAAGAUCGCGACACAGGCGACAGGAUCUAUCUCCUGCGUCGAAGUGCAGAAGCUCCCAGAGGGCAACUUUAACAAGGUCUUGCUUCUUACGAUGAACGAUGGGAAGGAGGUGAUUGCAAAGCUCCCAAAUUCUAAUGCUGGACCUCAAUACUUUACCACCGCUAGCGAGGUUCGGAAUAUUGGAGCCGAGUAUAUCAUAAUGGAGAAGAGCCAAGGGGUGGAACUUAGCAAGCUAUGGGAUGAUAUACUGGGUCCUGACAAACUUGGGAUUUUUCAACAACUCGUUGACUUUGAGAAAGCACUUGUAUCCCCUCAGUUUCCUAUGCAUGGAAGCCCAUAUUAUGCGAAGGACUUGCCAAAUGUCCAGUCAAAUCAGUUGAUUGACCUCGGAGCUAAAAGGAGCAAUGCUGGUUUAGAUUCUGCGGUUGGUCCCACCACGAAUCGAACUUUUUUCGAUGAUGGCAGAAAUUCCGUCGAUGCAGGUCACCGAGGGCCCUACAAAGAAGUAUCCAAGGCUGCUUUAUGGCACCCCGACUUACACGGGGAUAAUAUCUUCGUGGACCCGGAUCAGCCAACAGGGAUUCUUUCUAUAAUUGAUUGGCAGGCCGUGAACCUGUCGCCUCUAUUUCUUCAAGUCCGCCAUCCUGCCCUGAUUGAAUUCGAUGGGCCCAUCCCCAAGGGACUGCAAUCAAUCAGACUACCUGAGAAUUUUGAUGAGCUCAGCGCGGAAGAACAGCUCGGGGCGAAGAAGCUUUGUGCUGCCCAGUCUCUCUAUAAGCUUUAUGAUAUCGAGAUGAUCCAGCAAUGCCCUGAGAUUGCAGCCGCAUUGCAGUUCAAAUAUUCACUUGCUGGCCAAAUCACGGGGCUUUCGGACUCUGUUUUCGGUGACGGUGAACCAAUUGUUCAAGGCAUGCUCAUAAGACUACAGGAAGAAUGGACAACUCAUGUUGGAUCAUCCCUACCAUGUUCGCUUUCUUUUACCGAGGAGGGCAAGAAAAAGCAAAAGGAAGACGAGGAAAAGUGGGCCAGUAGAGUUGUAAUAGAGGAUUUCCUCGAUCACGGUGUAUAA